AUGACGGCCACCGCAACCAUUGCCUCCACAGAAAUGGGUCUUCUCCUGAGAGAUGAUGUUUUUGUUGACUUUUUCAACACGUUUCUGAGUCUUCCUGUUUUUGGCCAGACACCCUUUUACAUCAGAGGCAUGGGCCAGUGGAACCUCUGGCCAGAGCUGCCCAGCUGCCUGGAUUCCAGCCCCACAGCUCUCCUGGCGUGGCUGGAAAAGCACCGCCUGCCACACUUCUGCAAAUCCAGCCUGUGCCUCCACCUCGUCCUCUGCCAGAAGCUCCUGGGUUUCAUUCGGUCGGGGGAAGCAGGAGAAGAACUGACAGACUUCUGGCUCACCACUGAAAGGCUCCUGGGGCUCAACGAGUCAGAUGCAAGGCAAAGGGAGCUCUACCUGUCCUUGGUCCACAAGCUCAAAGCCACUCACCUGCGUGAAGGCUCCAGCGUUGCCACCCUCUGCAGGACCCCCGCUGGGCGGCGGCGAAAGUCCAGGCACAUUCAACCCAUCAGCGCCAGGAGGGAGAUGCUAAGCAAGAUGCAGGAAAAGGCCUUGUUUAUGAUUCAGAGUUACUGGCUCCCUAAAUUUUACAUCCACUGCAAGUUGGGCAUGGAAGAAGAGAAAUCAUGCCAGCCUCUGCUGCAGGAAUAUCGGGAACGUUUAUUACAGGACAACCUGCAGGAGCCCUUAGACUUUUCAGAGAACCUCUUGGCAAUGCAUAUUCAAAAGAAUCAGGGUUUGCCAGGGCCCUACUGCAGCCUAAAGGCCAAAGAGAAGAUCUGGAGUGUGGUCAAGCCCAGAAGAGAUAGCCAAGACCUGGAGAUGCCCAGUUUUCCAGUGCAAUCAGAAGGGCAGGUGCGGCCAGCUGGGAGCACCAAGGGCAAGAACGUUUUGGGAUCGGUUCCUCAGCAGUCAGAGCAUUCUGGAAACAAAAGCAAAGGACAAGAAACCUCCCCCGAAACACCUACACCCACGGCAGGGCAGGUCCAUCACCUGGAAGACCUCUGUGAAGAGGAAGUCCUCUCUGACCUGUGCACCUCUGCAUCUGGUGUCCAGCUGAAGAAGCCAGUCCAGACGUUGAGCUUCCUUCCCUGGGCCCUUAGUGCUGAGACCUGCGCGGGACGGCCCUUCAGGGACUUCUUGGAGUGCCACAACCUGUCUAUGGAGGCCCAUCUGCUGGACCUGUGGAAUGACCUGGAGGAAUUCCUGCCAGUGGUGCUGGAUUCCAGCAGAGAAAACAAUUUCUUCCUGCGUCAUUUGAUCGGGGAAAAGAUAUGCAAGACCUACCUGGAGGAGGACGCCAUUCGGCAGCUUCCUCUGCAGACCAAGACUCUCAGGAGCUUGAGGAUCCAUCUGAUGUCUGCAGAAUUCUCCCCCUGGAUAUACACAGCCCAGAAGGAGAUUUGCAAGGUGCUCUGCUGCGUGUACCAGGAGUUUCUGGCUGAUGAUGACAGGACAUUCCUCCAGUUUAUGUCUCUGCAGGGUGAGGUCCCCAUGCUCAAGGUGCAAGGCCAAGCUGUUCAGAAACAUGAAUAUUUCCUCCCCUCGCAGCGGAUGAACGAGUUAUUGGAGCUGAGCCAGGCCUUGCAUGGCACGAGGAACUUUGAAAGUCUCUCCUCCAAGCACUGGAAGUUAAUUGCCAAGCAGGACCUCUGGAGAGAAGACUUCAUCCAGGCAGAUGUGAAACAUCUCCCAGGCAGCACUGACUCCCAGAAGAGGCUGACAAGUAAGCUGGCUCUGAGUCACCAACACAAGAAAAAUGAGCUUCUGGGUCUCAAAAGCCCAACGUUUGCUGUCCUCUGGCUUUACAUCUAUGGACAAUCUCCUGAUCUACCAAUUGCAACUGGCAAGGGUUUUCCACUCCAGAACACCCUCUCCAUGCCCAAGCCCAUGAAGCCCUCCACCAUCCAGUGGCACUUUGUGAAGGUCCUGCACAACCCUUCCCACCUGCAGUUCUUCCAGCAGUUCCUCAAGGAGCGCGACGCAGACGAACCGCUGCAUUUCUGGGUGGAGGUGGAGAAGUUGGCCAAACAGACCAACCCCAAGUCCAAGAACUCCCACGUUGACAGCAUUGUCAGGAAGUAUUUCCAUGCCAAAAUCCCAGCUGAACAGCUGCUGGACUGCCAGUCUUCUAUCAUCAAAGAAAUAAAGGAGGCCAAAAUAGUCAGCCCCCUCAUGCUGAUGACAGCCCAGAUCCUGGUCCAGAAAGAAAUGGAAAAACGAUGGUUUAAAGAGUACCAGGACCUGUUCCCCCCUGGAGAUACGAGCUCUAACCUCCUUUUGCGACGUGGGAUGGGGCACUUCAUGACAGGCAAGAUGCGGUGGGCCUGGUAUGCCAUUCAGGACAUCAUCAGGAGCAUCUCCAAGUUCAGGAGGGAGAUGGACAACCAGAAACGCCGGGUGGAGUUCGAGGACUUUCUCCGGCGGGAGCUACGAAAUGAGGAGGAAAACUUGCCUAUCAGCUCGAUGUGCAGGGACACAGCCUCUGCCAGCACCUCAGGAAACAAGGAGAAGGCGCUGGUGAAACGGCACCUGUUUAACAACCAGCUCAUCAUUGUCAACUUCCUCGUCAACGACCUCCACUUUUAUCUGGAGAUCGACAAGUUCUCCAGGCUGGCUGAUUCGGUUGAGGCUCUGGCAGAGUGCAGCAUGCCAUCAGAUAAGGAAGUUGCCUUUCUCAAAAAGAAAGCUGCCAUCAUCAGCAGACUCUUCCUGAACUCUGAUGUUCCCCCCAAGCUGCGGGUAAACAUCACUGAAGAAGAGAGAGAUUUAAUCUGGAGUUUAUCAUCCAAGGGGUUACUGAGUCGUGCCCUUUACCAUAGGGCCAAGAUCAUCAUCUUCCCUAUUGUGAUGCACUUCUGGAGAAGGUUCUGCACUUGGAAGGUGAUGAGGACCUUUCCAGUCUUCAAGAAGAAGAAGGCGGCACCAAUCUCUACACCCAGUAGGAAACCCUCUGAACCACAUGAACUCUACAGCUCAAGCAAUCACACCAUCAUUGUCUUCACACUCUUGAAAGGUGUCCAGGUCCUGCUGCCACGGUCCCACAAGAAAACGAACCCACUGGAGGAAAACAACGGUGAACCUGAGUCAGAGUGGCUUUGGCACAUCACCAGGAAGCUGCAGGAACUCCCAGUGUUCUUUGGACCUCAUGAAGAACAGGCCGUGGCUGCUGACAGCUCCCCCAGCAAGCUCUCACCUUGGUGA